AUGUUUGAUCCUGUGCUUUCCACUGGCGCCCAGGAAGAGUUGCCAAACCCUGGGACGCCGGGCGCGGCAACCGACACACCCAAGGCUCGGCUCAUCAGACGACGGAGGCUUCGCGCCUGUGAUGGCUGCAGACAGCGCAAGAUCCGAUGUGACAAUGGUCCAGGGUCGUGCCGCAACUGCAGGAUAUAUGGUGUGGACUGCGUCAUCACUCGCGCCGAGGAUGGCACAGAUAUCAAGCGAGGGAGCUGCAGGUCUGACUGCAGUCAACAUGGAGCGAAAUCCAACUGCCAGUGUCAGAACCCAGACUCUCCCCCAAAGACGAGGAAUGUUCCUGUAUCCAGGCGUCCGAGUCCAACCCACAGUCAAUCCACUCGGCAGAUAACUGUUGGUUUAGAACGUGACAGCAGCAACAGUAACGUCAACAAUACCAAUGAGGUUCAGACCACCAAUGGUGAAUCGCCUAGCGCCUCAUCUCGGCCACACGAUGUGUUGGAGGGCGUGGUGGUCAUCGAGACGAGCAGGGUUCCACAGAAGAGCAAGUUCGCAGGGAUGAGCUCUGUGCAUGUGCUGGCCAAGUCUGCUGAGGAGCUAUUCAAGAGCGAGGACCGGACAGGCCAGGUCGACGUCAUGGCCUUCUUCUGCCCGCUGAUGGCAUUGUCUGAAGAGGUCGCCACGCCGCCUUUGAUGCUCCGACCCCUAGUUGAGCGCGAAAAGGCGCAAAGAUGCCUGCAGAAGUAUUUUGCUACAGUGCAUUGCAUCGCGCCGGUAUUGGAUGAGGACACAACCUGGCGUUUGUUCGAAGAUCUCUAUCGGGACGGAAGCUCGAGCGACGUGAGCAGGAUGUGCUGCCUGUACCUCGCUAUCGCGAUAGGAGACUCAUCGCCGGACGGGCACGCAACCCGAAAUGUGCACUUUACGACCGUAUGGAGCUUGUACGACCGAUUAAUCGCAACUCCAUACCUUCCCAGUGUACAGGCACUCGUUCUGUUGACGUUGUUACUCAUGAACCUGCACCGAGACGGACAGGCUUAUCUGGCCAUCGGGUCUGCAGUACGCAUGGCCCAAUCGAUAGGCCUACAUCGACGACUCGCCGCUCACAAGCGAGCACAAGAGCUCGUAUUUGUUCAAAAGGACAUUGGGCUGCGGAGUAGGGUGUGGUGGACUUGCUAUUGGUUAGAUAAGAAACUAUGCUUCGAAGGUGGCCGGCCAUCGUGUAUUAGUGACCCAGACUGCGAUGCCGAUCUCCCCACCUCGGACGAGGUCCUGUCCAGCUCAUCAUUGGCUCGGCAAAGCAGGCAGCCUGCGCACCCCAACGUCUUCUCAGACCUGAUAAACUUAUGCAAGGUCCUCUCCUUCAUAUCGUCGAACCUCUACUCACGCGACGUGGCUGAGUGCUCGGAGGAGGAGCUGCUUGCGCGAAUAUCUCAGGCCGAGCGGGAGCUUCGUGGCUGGGCCGAGACGCUCCCAGAUGGCCUCCGACCCGGUAGGGCUGAGUCACUACUGGCGGCAUUCGAGGCGCAGCCGGCCAGCCCUCAGUUUGGGUCACGAGUGCUGCAUUGCAUGUACCACAACGCGCUGCUCACGAUUCACCGGGCGUCACUGUUGAGCUGUGCAAACAUGUCCAGCGAGAGCGCACAAAAGAUGGCGGCGGCGGCGAGGCCAGACGCAAGGAUCGUCGCGUCUGCCAACGCAUGCUUGAGUGCUGCGGCAGGGCUCGCCAGGUCGGUUGAUGAGUUUGUCUGUACGCCAAGGUGCUGUGCCAUGGUGCGCUGGGCCAUGCCAUAUAUACUCAACUCAGUCUUCACUCUUUACAUUGGCGUGAUGAAGUCUUCACUGAGCUGGUCUUGCGAGACCUAUAUAGCGAUCAUGACCAGCCUGUCGCGCUGCGUGCCAUUGAUGCACAUGGAUGCGCAGACGACAGAAGGGUUCAAUGCACUAUUUGGGCGGCUGAGGGCUGCAAUGGAGGCAUCGAGACAGAAGGGGUUAGGUGUCGGCGGUGGUAGCGGCAGCGGGAUUGGUCAGGGUCCUGCUACUACCAACUUCUCUGCCAAUGGACAGGUACAACAUCAGCCGCCUGCAGGCGACGAUUCACCAUCCUCUCUGUUGAUACAAGAUUGGCGAGCGGGCGAUGAGACGCCACAUCAGCAGCAUGGUCCAGGAGAAGUAGGAGAAGAGGGGCUGGGUGGCUUGCUUGACUAUCAACUGCAGGACUACAUGGGCGACGAUUUUGGGUUGUUGAACGUGGACCUUUGGCCAGCGGCUGGGGAGGAUCUGGGAGCGGUGGGCAGCAGGUAA